AUGGCUGGCCAGGCCAUGCGAAGAUUGCGCCAUCGAAGUCUUCUGACUGUCAUACGCUCUUACAGACGAAUAUUGCGCAAGGAGCUGGCCGCAGGAUUGGGCUCUGUUCGGCAGAUUGUCAGAGAAGAGCUGGAUCGAGAAAGCAAUGCCAGCGACACCGAGGAAGAAGAACAAGAUGAUGAAGACGAAGAAGAGUGGAAGCUUAUCAUCUGCGUCCGCCAUGAUCUCAACAUGUCCGUCGGGAAGGUUGCUGCUCAGGUGGGCCAUGCGGUACAUCACUCUGUGACCCACUCUGCGUGGAGGGAUCUCAAAGAUUGGGAAGAGUCAGGAUCGAAGAAAGUUACAUUGAAGACAGAAAGCGAGGAAGAACUGCAGGAUCUCCUGGAGAAAGCCAGGUCGAAGGGCCUCCUUGCUGAGACUAUACAAGAUGCCGGCCACACAGAGGUCGAACCAGGCACCACCACUGUUCUCGCGAUUGGCCCUGCUCCAGCGAGGCGCUUGGACGCUGUGACUGGGCAUCUCAAGCCCUUGCCGGACCGGGUCCAACAGAUAGAGAAGCAAAACAAGAAGCUGCUGGAACGUGCGGAGCGAUUGCAGAAAGAAGUCGAUGAGGAGAAGAGGAAACACAAGAGGCUGGCGAAGCAGUUUUCCGCGUUCCGGCAGUAUCUCUGA